AUGCGCGUUGUGAUGCCACACAUGUGGUGUCGCGCCACCGGCGCCGUCGUGGGGCUUCUUUGGUUCAGCACCCUUUCUGCCGGUUCCCGAUGCGAGUUUAAGCAGAUCGAGUCUUCAAGCCUGGAGCCUGGGUUUGAGCAGGGCAUGACUCACCCCUUGCUCAUUCAAACAGCUGGAAGUGGAAGGACAGCCGAGAUGAUUGAUGGCCUGGGCAACAUAACGCUCUAUAUAACGACUGCCAUCGGGAAUCAAGCACAGCACGGCUUCACUCAAGACGAGCAGAUAGCUGCAAGCGAGUACAUUCAGCGCCUCGAGACGAACAAGUCCAUCCCCUACGCUUUUCGGCAGUGCCAUCUCAGUCCAAGUUGCGAUCGAGCCUUGGCUAAGGCGGUUGGCAUCCCUUCGUUUCUUCGUGAAACGGCGCGCGAGCUCUUUAUGGCCGUCGGCAGCUUUCCGGGAUCAUUUCCAUUGCAUAGCCACGAUCGGACAUGGGCGCUGUCAUUGGCUGGAAGCAAAAGGUGGUUCACCUCACCACCUGGCAAGCCCCCACUGCGGCCCUAUGUCGAUCAUGACGAAGACUCACUAAAACGAGCUGGGUUCCAGUACUGCGUGCAACAUGAGGGCGAGGUCGUCUUUCUGCCACGAGGCUGGUGGCACGCAGUGAUCGUUCAGAGUAAUUGGAGCUUAACGGUUGGCGGACAGGGAGCGUCCAAAGACUUGGUGUUUAGCGCGUGUCGGGGCGACCUGGCAGCUUUUACAAGCAGCCGACCGCAUCAGCUGAACCGGCUCGACCCGAGCGGGAUCAGCCCAGCAGGACAUGCGGCCAGAGCCGGUCACGCCAAACUGCUUGCGACUUUUCGCGAAAAAGGUGCAGACUUGCAAUCGCCAGAUGGGAAUGGGUGGACUCUGGCACACCAUGCCGCAAAGCUCGGCCAUGUUGAGGUGAUACAGUGGUUGGCUGAGGGCGGAAUCAGCGUGACUGAAAGGAACAGGAUGUCUUGGACUGCCCUGCAUACUGCAGCAAAAGCUGGAAACGUGGAAGUAAUUCGGGCUCUUCUUCAAGCUCGAGCCAUGGUGGAGCCCAAGGAUCAGGCUCAUGACUUCCCAAAUGUCAUGCUGUAUAGUAUGCAGCAUGCACAUAGGUUAGUCAGAUAUACGGUACGCGCACAGACACGGAAUGUCCAAUGCAGAGAAGUUAGUUGA